AUGAAGUCUUGGCGAGCGCUGACAGAAAAUGAACUAAAGUCUUUCCUAGCUAUAGUGUUCAACAUGGGUUUGAUUAGGAAGUCUUCCAUAGAAGAAUACUGGAAUUCAUCUAUGCCAAGUCAGGCAUCCCAUUGGUUCAAGGAGGUUAUGUCGAGAAAUCGUUUCCAGUUUUUAUAUGUGUCAGACUAUUCAAGAAACGUCCCGAGACAGCACCCAGCGUAUGACCCUGCUUCAAGAUUUAAAUCACUGUUAUCCUUUAUGAACAAACAAUUUUGUCGUUUCAUUGUUCCUAAAAAAGAGGUUUGUGUGGACGAAACUUUAAUGGCAACCGAAGGUCAUAUUGUAAUGAGGCAGUAUAUCCCAUCUAAGGCUGCAAAGUUUGGAUUUAAAUUGUGGAUGCUGUGUGAAUCAGCGACUGGUUACAUUUUACAAAUGUCUGUGUACAGAGGGCGACAAUUUGAUCCAGUACCAGCAGGACAAUUGCAGGGUACAACGGUUGUCAUGGACCUUAUGAGUGCGUCUAAUCAUCUGAAUAAAAGGUUCCAUGUCUUUUGUGAUAGCUUCUUUUGCUCACAAAACCUAAUUUCACGACUUAUUCAAACCACUACAUAUAUUACAGGUAGCUAUUUUAAGUAA